AUGUCUCGCUAUAACAACUACACCACUCCACCCAGAUCACCAACCUUCGGCUUCUUCCCCACUGCACCCUCUGCCCCACACGCAUUCUCUGCUAUGCAGGGGAACCCGCGUGACUCACAUAACAUGUACUCGGCUCUGGGCUCAUCCAUGGGCUUCCAAUCAAGCAGCCAGCCCAGGCAGAGCAAUGGCGGGAGCUCGAACCCGCUGAUGAAGUUCUACAGAAAGUGA